AUGGAAUUCAUGACUGUGGAUGCUGAAGGCUCUGCUGGUGGCCUAUUAUGCAUAUGGGAUCUAGGAGUCUUUCAAGUGUCAAGUUGCUGCUGUAAUAGAAGGUUUAUACUUCUCUCUGGGUCCUUAUUCUUCUCUUUUGAUUGUGUCUUGAUCAAUGUGUAUGCACCAAAUGAAGUGGGCCAAAGAGAGAGGAAAGGUUGUUCUAGGAGGGAGAAGGGAAUGAAGGAUUUGAAUGAUUUUGUUGAUAGAAGUGAGCUGAAUGAUUUGCCCUUAUUAGGCAGAAGGUUCACAUGGUGUAAUGCCAGGGAAUGGGAGAAAUGGAGCAGAAUCGAUAGGGUUAUGGUGGAUCCAAAAUGGGUGGAAACCUUUACUUUGAAGCUGUGGGGGCUUCCUAGAGUUUUGUCUGAUCAUAGUCCUUUACUAUUAAUGGAAGAUGAGAGAGAUUGGGGCCCUAGGUCCUUUAGAUUUGUUAAUGCUUGGACUUUACAUCCAAAAUUUUUACCUUUUGUGGAAAGGAGGUGGAGGGAGCAUCAGGUUGAGGGUUGGGCUGGGUUUAGGUUAUUUCAGAAACUAAAAGAGCUGAAAAUAGCACUUAAACAAUGGAAUAGUGAAGUCUUUGGUAAUGUAAAUACUAAGUUGAAGAAGGUAGAGGAUGAGCUUCAUAUGAUUGAUUUGUUAGCAGAUGAAAGAGAGCUUGAAGAGGCAGAAAAAACAAGAAAAAGAGAGGCUAAAGUUGAAGUUGGAUGUUUAACAAGAAUGGUGGAGUGGUUGUGGCUCCAAAAAUCGAGGCUCAAUUGGAAUUUUAAUGGUGAUAAAAACACAAGAUAUUUUCAUGUGUUAGUAAAGUGUAGACAGAGGAGAAAUGAAAUUAAUUCUCUAACCAUUAGGGAUGUGGUGGUUGAUGAUCCAUGUAGAGUUAAGCUAGAGGCCCUAGCCCAUUUUCUGAAGCAGUUUUCUGAGGAUUGGCAGCAUAGGCCUGUCUUGGAAGGACCAUUUAAGUCAGUGAGGGAUAGUCCGUGUUUUGAUUUGUUAGAGGCAGAGUUUUCUAAGGCAGAGGUUUAG